AAAUGCUUUACGUCACAAAUAGUUUUAUUAUAAAUAUGGCUCCAAUACGGGAACGCGGAAAUGAUAUCUAUAUAAACUCUGAUAAACUCCUGGGUGCCAGCAUAGUUAUGUCCAUUUUAAGCUAGACACAGGUUAUCGCCGGACUUUGGUCAAAAAUUUAUUACUUACCAUUCUAACAUAGGGAUUUACUACCAGAAAAGGACAAUUCUAAAUGAAGAAAUUUUGAUAGUUUGAUCAUUGAAUUAUUUUUAUGCGAGUCUUACAUAAUGAAUAUAUUUUUGUUUAUACUCAUACUCGGUGUUUCUCAGGGCCCAUAUGGAGUGGAAUCUCAAAUUAUAUCGCCUGAGGUACAGGAGAAGCUGCGAUCUAUCGCACAAUGGCUGGACUCAAGAAAAGAUUCGUCAAUUUUUGAUUACAUUUACAGAAUUAAUCAUGGCGUUGGACUCAAUCUAUUACAAGGUGAUAUUAAAGAAAAAGCCAAAAAGACGACCGCGAAUCACAAUCAAAGGACGGCAAUCACAAACCAUGACCAACUGUGGAAUACCAGAGUUGUUCCUUACCUCAUAGAUUCUGCAUUCGAUUCUGCCUCAAGAAAGGACAUCAUGGCAGCCAUUGAUGAGUAUCAUCAGAAGACGUGUAUUAGAUGGGUACCUAGGACACAUGAGGAAGAUUAUGUCCACUUUAAAAAGAUCAGUGGAUGUUACUCCAAUAUCGGACGGACUGGCGGUGAGCAGGAUAUAUCAUUAAUGGGACCAUGUCUGAAGAAAGGCACAGCAGUGCACGAGAUGAUGCACGCGCUCGGGUUCUGGCACGAGCAAAGUAGACCAGACAGAGAUUCCUGGGUUCAUAUUAUAUCAAGCAAUAUCCAGGACGGCAAGGAAUUCAAUUUUAAAAGGUUAGAUAAGAACGAAGCUGACACAUUGGGUGUACGAUAUGACUAUGGUAGUGUUAUGCAUUACUCUAAGUAUGCAUUUACUAAGAACGGAAAUCCUACAAUCAUGCCGACACACCCAGCAAGUGCUGACAUAGGUCAACGUGAUGGACUCAGUGAUUUGGAUGUCGAAAGAAUAACAACACUUUACGGCUGUAAUUACCAGGUUCCAUCACAAACUACAACAAAAUACGUCCAAACAAAACCCCCUGAAACUAAAGCUUCUUGGACAAUUCCUCCUCUUACAAAGAAGACUGCACCACCCGUCACAAAUCCACCACCGCAAACCAUUCCACCUGUCACUAACCCACCAAAAACAAAUCCACCUGUCACUAAUCCUCCAAAAACAAACCCACCUGUCACGGAUCCACCAAAAACAAAUCCGCCCGUCACGAACCCGCCGCAAACAAAUCCGCCCGUCACGGACCCACCAAAAACUAAUCCACCUGUCACAAACCCACCGCAUACAAAUCCGCCUGUCACAAACCCACCGCAAACAAAUCCGCCCGUAACUAAUCCACCAACGACUGCAUCAAUGUCAUCUAUACAACCACCAGGCCCAGUUGAUCAUCCGGGAUGGACGCUUUGGUCACAGUGGUCUCCGUGUGACCUGCGAUGUAAACACUCCAGGUACAGGUUCUGUACAAACUACGACAAAAACUACUGCCUUGGUGAAAACACACAGGUCAAUGAUUGUCCGUAUCCAUGUAAAUUGGCAUCUACAUUUGGAUGCUGGAAACAAGAUGAGAAAAAUCUAACAAUUCCAUCAGCAGAGGGACUAUCACAAACACUAAUGGGCUCGUACAAAGGUCGAAAAGACGCUCUUCAAAAAUGCAGUAACUAUGCGGCGGUGAUGGGGUAUCCAAUGUUUGCUGUUUUUAAUGGUGGUCAAUGCCUGACUGGUCCUGAUGUCCUGAAACAAUUUAACAGACUUGGAGCUUCCGAUAAAUGCAGCUACAGCGGGGUUGGAUCAACAGAAUCUAUGAACGUAUUCACUUUUGAAUCAGAUAUAGACGGCCAGUGGUCGUUAUGGACAGGUUGGAGUCGCUGCACAAAGACUUGCGGUCUAGGCAGACAAUAUCGUUACAGAAGAUGUGAUAACCCACCGCCCUUUGGCAAAGGAGCAUCUUGUGCAGGCAUGGAUAGAGAGGAAUUAAUCUGUAAUCAAGCAACCUGCAUAACCCCAAUCAAGUGUGGUUCACGUUAUCAUGCUGGAGGGCCAGGUACCAGUGGCGUGAUUUGGAUGAGAGAUUACGAGAAUUUCAUGGAAUGUGAAUACGAGAUCGCCACUGGAGACCAGUUUGCGAGUAUAUCAUUGUAUAUUCACGAGAUAGAUGUAGAAUACAGUAGAGGUUGUAUAUACGAUACGUUGAUGUUAUUUGACGGGUACAACGCACGUGCUCCGCUUGUUGGGACAUUUUGUGGAACCACACCCCCUGGAACAUUUGAGUCUACGUCAAACCACGUGUUCUUAAAAUUUACCAGUGAUGAGACGAAGACUGGACGCGGAUUUACAGUUUUCUAUACAAUCAAUAGUCGAUCAAGGAAAGCAUGUGUCAAACCUCCGCCUGCUGCCCAUGCCACAAUCUCAAUGCAAGGGAAUAUGGUAGGCGAUAGGGCGUGGUAUUCUUGUUGUGAAGGUUACAAGAUGGUUGGCCACUCCCCAAUUACAUGUGUCGACCAACCAGGUUUCGCGUUAUGGGACGACAAGUUUCCGCGAUGUGUUUACAUGAAAAAUAGAGGGGCAGCGGUUGGCUUGGGUACAGUAUGUACAUUCGAGGAUUCUCUGUGCGGAUAUAAGAACGAACCAGAUUCAGGAAUAACGUGGCACGUGAAACGACCACAUGAAAAUAUAGGCAAUAGCUCUCCACGUGGAAAUUAUCUCCACGCCGAAUCGAACAUACUGCACGAGGCUGGCGCAAUGGCUAGAAUACGUUCCGAGAUGUUAACCAGCGUUGCCAACGAAUACUGCUUGCGAUUUUCAUACAAAUUUGACGGAGACGCAAUGGCAAAUUUUAACGUGUUUCUGGCAAAUUACAACACCGACAUGGCAGAGAAAGGCAAUUCAACAAUUGACCACGUUAUGAAAGAAAUAGGUCAAAACAAAAAUGUUUGGCUUAAUGUAUCGCUAAAUUUAAAUACAGCACCGAAUUUUCAGAUUAUUUUUGAAGCAGUGCUCGGGGACAGGGUAGGGAACGCUGUUUCUAUAGAUAACGUUAUAGUAUCCAAAGGUCACUGUACUGUAAUAUAAGACACGUGCAUUUAGUGAAUAAAGUAUUGACACGUGCAUUUACUGAAUAAAAAAUGGCACGUGCAUUUACUGAAUACAAUAUUGACACGUACAUUUACUGAAUACAAUAUUGACACGUGUCUAUGAAGUGGAAUUCAAUCAAAACAUCAUUAGAUAAAAGAAGUAUACUCAAACAAGCAUUAUCUUUAGUAAACGAUUUGUAGAUAUGCUAAGAAAUUUUAACAAGGUGUAAAAUUGUAAAUUACGAAACGGAUGAAAACAAUUUAGUAAGAAAAACAAAUAACGACGAUGACGUAGAUUAUUGUGUCUUAUACCUAACAGAUAGUGUAAUUGUCGUAGAUUAAAGUAAAAAAUAUUUUAUAUUUGGU